GCAUUCAGAAGCUGUACUGAAAGGAAUUUAAACUCGUGAUAGUCAUAAGAGGACAGAUCAAAGGAGAAAAAACCAGACCAAGUCAAAGAAAGCUGCAUAUGCCUUCAGUUAACAGACAGAAUACAGGUCUGAAGGAGGUUUGAGCAGGACCAACCUCACAAAAUGCCCAGGAGAUAUAACCACCUGGACAGCAACUACUUCAGAGGGAAAGGACAUGUCUAUUUUGCAGCAGAAGAAGCUCUGGGUAUUGGACUUUUCAUUUUGGUGCUGGCAAUUUUACUUGCCUUUGGCUGCUGGUAUUACAAAAGACGUAGUGGCUACAAAAGUCUGCGGAGCAAAAGCUCUAGUGUGAGCACAAUACGAAACGUGGUAGAUGAGGGAGAAAUACUGGACUGCAAAAUGGCUCUGCAGGACUACAGAGACUUUAAUUCUGUGGUACCUGAUGCUCCACCAGCUUAUGACAAAAUUGCUGCAGAUCAGUCACCACCUCCUUAUUCACCAUGAUACCAUGAAAUUUGAAACCCUAGACAUAGUGAUUCCAUUUACUCAUGCUAGCUCAUUUCCUGUAAAUGCUUAACUUCCUUAAAGCUAAAAUCAUACAAAAGAAAACAACAUGUCUUCACUAGCAGUUGCUGAAAACUAUUCCCACUUAAUUUACAGAACUGGUCCUUGAAAUGCCUCAAUAAAUAUGAAUGUGCUUUUGUUUUAAGCUUUUCACUUUUUGCAGUCAGAUUAAUACAUUAUGGUCUGGUCAUCUUGAAUCCUUCAUAGGUCUACACAGAUCUGUAGUCACACUAUUCAGUAUCAAUCAGAGUAAAAAGUGACAGCACCUUUGUCUUCAUCUUCCUCAUUUAGUUUCCCUUUCUUUAAAAAAAUAAUAAAAAGUUCCAAAAAAUCAAACCAACAACAGACACACACACACAAAACCCACCAAAAACCAAAACCAAAAAACCCCAAACAACUAUUCCUUAGAAUGUGAUGUAAAAGAAUCUGUCACAAAAUGAACCAAACCAUUUGAUUACAUGUCCUCUUACAAACUGUUUUCUCACCAGCAAUAUUAAAAUCAACUUCCAAAAAGUCACUAUGUUUUACAACACACUUUAACCUCACAUCACUUGUUAUGUACCUGAAAUGAAUUAAUUCUUUAUAAAACAUGAUCAAUCUAGGCAAUCUAGGAGAUUCUGCUUGGAGUCCAUAUUAUUUCAUACUGCAAUGGAUAUAAUGACAUCAUCUUUCAUUUCCUUGUGGCAGUCAUAUGAGAGAGGAAAAGAACUUUUUAAAUAUAAAGACUUACAUGUCAUUUCUAAUAUGAUGAAACUAUAUAAGAAAAUGCAAAAAAACUAUUUUUCUUGAAGAGUACAGAAGACAGCAGGCUUCUAGAUGUUAAUUUUCCUAGCUUGCUAGAACACUAGCAGUAAUAAAAACCAAAGGAUUUUGAUAUGCAUAAACUGGUUAUAUACAUUUGAUAGUUACUGUUUACUCAGCCUUUUUGUUAUUGCUUGCUUGCCAGAUUAUUACUUAAGAUUAUAUGCAGAUCAAUAAAUUUAUACACAAGGCCUGAUAUCUCACACCAGGAGGCAGCUAGAAUGGUACAACAUUCAUUAAAAUCAAAAGUAGUUACAGAAGAAAACUGAUUUAAUAAAGCAAUUAUUAACUGCUAUUAGUAAAGAAUCUAGUUCUUUGUCAUCAAAUACGCAAAUACAAACAUUAAAACAAAAUAAGUUUUCAACACAAGGCACAGCUACUUGCUUAACAUAAGCUCCAUUUGUGUUGACAAAUAACAAAGAUGGGUUUUUUGAAAUGUUUCUUCUGUAAUAAAAAUGUUUAUAUAGAUUAGUAAAAUUGUUGGAAGGUAAUAAAUAUCAGUAAUUGCUCUGAAAGGUUAUAAUACAUCCAUAUGUUUUUAUAAAUGUAGUUGAUAUAUUUAUUUACAA